AUGGCCACCUCGAAUAGUCAGGGUCCUGCGGGGGACCUUGCCCUCGAGAUCCUCGCCGCGCUUGACAGCAAGGGACAGCCCCUCCUGACCGCCGAUGCCUUCCCCGAUGCGAAAUUCGUCGAGGUGAAGAGCGCGCUCGACAGGCUGGGAUCGAGGUCCAUGAUCACAUACAAGACUAUCGAGCGAGACGAGUACACCCUAGAGCCCGAGGCGGAGCAGAUCGCCGCCAACGGCAGUCAUGAGGCCCGCGUCUUUGAGGCCCUGCGCCAGGCCGUGGAGGGUCUUUCGGUCGCAGAGUUGGAGGAGGCCGUCGGCGACAAGUCUGUGACCAAGCUUGGUCAGGGUAAGGCGUUCAAGGAGAAGUGGAUAUCAAAGUCCAAGGACGGCAAGAAGCUCAUGGCUGUGGCCGAAUCCAUCAAAGACACAACACGCGAGCAGCUGCUUGAGAUCCAGUCAACACACACACAUCCCGACGCCAAGGUCCUCACCGAGCUCAAGAAGCGCAAGCUCAUCAAGCCCCAAAAGGUAAUUAGCUUCGAGGUCUCCAAGGGCGACAAGUUUGCUCUCGAGAUAGCAAAGGAGGAGACGGACCUGACGGCCGACAUGCUGGCCUCGGGAGCCUGGAAGACGGCAACCUUCAAGCCGUACAACUUUGACGCCCUCGGUGCCGCCCAGGAUGCCGGCGCCCUGCACCCCCUGAGCAAGGUCCGGUCCGAAUUCCGCCAGAUCUUCUUCGAGAUGGGCUUCGAGGAGAUGCCCACCGACAAGUACGUCGAGUCGGGCUUCUGGAACUUUGACGCCCUGUUCGUGCCCCAGCAGCACCCGGCCCGCGACCUCCAGGACACCUUUUACAUUUCGGACCCCAAGGCCGCCGCCCCUCCCAAGGCUAGGGACGCCGACGACAAGAGCAACUACGACGAGUACUGGCAGAACGUGAGGCAGGUGCACGAGACGGGCAAGUUCGGCUCAAUAGGAUACCGCUACCCGUGGUCGCCGGACGAGUCGCUUAGGCUGGUCCUGCGCACGCACACGACGGCCAUCUCCACGGCGAUGCUGCACAAGCUGGCCAGCCAAAAGGGACCCGACGGCAGGCCGCCGCCGGCGCGCUACUUUUCCAUCGACCGCGUGUUCCGUAACGAGACGGUCGACGCCACCCAUUUGGCCGAGUUCCAUCAGGUCGAAGGUGUCAUUGCCGACUACGGCCUGACGCUCGGCGGGCUGAUGGAGUUCAUGGAUAUCUUCUUCGGAAAGAUGGGCCUGACUGGCCUGCAGUACAAGCCCGCCUACAACCCCUACACCGAGCCCAGCAUGGAGAUCUUUGCCUACCACCAGGGACUGGGCAAGCUGGUCGAGAUUGGAAACAGUGGAAUGUUCAGGCCCGAGAUGCUCGAGUCCAUGGGCCUACCGCGCGACAUGAGGGUGUACGGUUGGGGUCUUAGUCUGGAGAGGCCGACCAUGAUCAAGUACGCCAUUUCCAAUAUUAGGGAGCUGCUGGGUCACAAGGUUGAUUUGAACUUUAUUGCAACAAACCCGGCCGUGAGGUUGGAUAAGGAUUGA